AUGUUUGAAAAAUCAUAUAACGUUGCGAAACAGCGGAAUCUUGAGGGGAAUAGGAAACUUGAUGAACAAACCGCUGAACCAGAAUCUCAAGUCCAGACUGAAGAGCCGGAAGCGAAGAUUGACGCUGAAUCUGAUCAUGAUGAUGACGAUGCUGUUGUCCCCACACUACCUGGUCAACCUGAAGAUCCUUAUUUCAUACCGAUGGCUGAGCACUUGCUCCUUAACCAUGGUCCAAAGCCUCUCACUGCAGUUGCUUUGGACCCCUCAGGGUCUCGUGUCGCUACGGGCGGCUUUGAUUUUGACGUUAAGUUGUGGGAUUUCUCUGGAAUGGACAAAAGCUGUAGAGCGUUCAAAAUCUUUCAGCCUAGCGAGGAUCAGCAAGUUAAACAUAUUGAAUUCAGCCCUACAGGCGAUAACAUACUAAUCAUAUCUGGCAGUCCUCAAGCUAAAAUCUUUACACGCGAUGCUGACCCCUACUGCGAGACCAUUCGAGGUUAUCAAUAUAUCACUGAUCCAGCGAGCGCUAAAGGUCACACUCAUGCCCUCAAUGGAGGUACUUGGCAUCCAAUCGAUAGUCGAAAAUUUCUCACCUGGUCACAAGAUACUACUCUUCGGGUAUGGGAAAUAGACACUGCUGAACAAAUUCUUGAUGACACUCGAAUCCCUUCUCAUUCCUCCAUCCUUAAACCUCGCAAUAAGCAGGGUCGCAAAACUACGCCCACUGCUGGCGCCUAUUCUAAGCAAGUAGCGAAUUCUUUUAAUUCUUUUAGAGAUGGUUUUCUUGUAGCAGCAGGAUGUGAAGAUGGUUCAUUGCAAGUGUGGGAUACCCGAAAGCCCCUUGUUAACACUUCUCACCUCUACCGUACAGCGCAUCCUGUUGGGACUUACACUACGUGCUUAUGCUUCUCAUGGGAUGGCCAUGUGAUUGCUUCGCGCGCCAUGGAUGAUACCGUACGAUUGUGGGAUUUGCGUGAGCUUUCAAAAGGAGCCGUUUAUACAGUGCGUGACUUACCAGUAUUAUUUGAACAGACAGAAGUCUGUUUCAGUCCUAAUGACACAAUGGUGGCAGCUGCCGUCUCAGCAAAGCGCGGAGAUCCGACCAGUGGUGAGGUUGUCAUCUUCCGUAAGGAUACGUUUGAGCCAAUUCAUCACCACAAGCCGGGUACCGGAAGUGCGAUUCGAGUGGCCUGGCAUCCGCGCAUCCGUCAGAUUGUCACAACUUUCUCCAACGGCACAGCAACAGUCCACUUUGAUCCUGCUCAUAGUCGAAAUGGUGCUCUAAUGUGCGCCUACCGCCAGGCCUCCGAAGCAAGUCGGCGCCGUCGUCAGGGUUACGGCUGCUCUUCGGAUGCCUUCAUCAAACCCACCCUCCUCACCUUCGACGAGGACUCGGUUCGCGUGGCACGGAAGAUGCGUCGACGCUUCGGGAACUUGGAGGAUGAGAAUCAACUUGCUGUGGCCGCUGCAAUCGCGGCGUAUGAGAAGGACCUUGUGGCUGCGAACGAGGCGAUGCGCAAGGCUGCUCGUAAGCGUGUACCUAACGCCGGAGAGGAUGUUGGUCAGCGUGUAGGAAGUCUACACAAGUACAUGGUGCAGCAGAUUGUCCUUCGCAAGAACGAAGCCGAUGAACGAGCAGAAAAGGACAUUCGGGGAGCUAUUUUGCGUCAUGCGGAGGCUGCAAAGAAGGAGCCGUUCUGGACGAAAGCUUAUCUCAAGACUCAACCGAAUCCCAUAUUCCAAAAAGAUGAACCAAGCUCGCCCAAACGACCAAAGCCUUCGUAG